UACCCUUUUUUUAAUCACAGGCAACAAAACAAAAUCGAGUCCGUUCACGCUCUCUUUCUCUUCCGAUCCCUGAGCUCCGUGAUGAAGAAAUGGUUGGUGAUCGCAGCCACGGUGGCGAUAAUUGCAAUAGUCGUGAGACAAGGCACCACUCAGUACGGAUGGAACAAAGAAGCAGCGUUGGAAACGCUGAAGGAAUGGUCCGAUCGGCUCGGGAUUUGGGCGAUUCCGACGUAUGUAGCGGUCCACACCGUAACCUUAGCUCUAUGCCUCCCUCACGCCGUCUUCUUUGAAGCUGGUGCUUCUAUGCUCUUUGGAUUCCUCCCUGCUCUUCUCUGUGUUUUCUCUGCCAAAGUUCUCGCAGCUUCCUUCUCCUUCUGGAUCGGCAGGUUUGUUUUCAAGAGUUCAACGAGAGCAACUGGGUGGGCGAAGGGAAACAAAUACUUUAAUAUACUCUCGAGAGGAGUUGAGCGUGAUGGUUGGAAGUUUGUUCUUCUUGCAAGGUUCUCGCCCAUUCCUUCUUAUGUCAUAAACUACGCUUUGGCAGCCACUGAAGUCCGGUUUGUAGCUGAUUUCCUGUUCCCCACAGUUAUUGGCUGCCUCCCGAUGAUUUUGCAGAACGCAUCAGUCGGUAGCCUUGCUGGUAUGGCUGUAGCUUCUGUAGCUGGAAAACAGAAAAGUCAGGUUUGGGGUUAUGUUUUCCCAGUACUUGGAAUACUGUCAAGUGUUUUAAUUUCAUUGAGGAUCAAAAAGUACUCGGCUGGAAUUACAGAGGCAUCGUCAGAUACUUCUCCCUCUACACAGUCUGCUAACAGCUCUAGUUUAGCUUCAUCUGAAACCUCGAAUCCCACUUAUGGAACCGAUGGAUCCAAGAAAAAGUGAGUGAUGAUACAAUCCAUGAUGGUGGUUUUCUGAUCGCUCGCAAUGCAUUUUUUUGGUUUGUAGCUAUCAGAUUCUCAAAAUCAUGGCUUAUUUUGGACGAGUAGACACAACCUGACAAGUUAUGAAGUGUUAGUUUUUGUGGUUCUUUCUUUAAGUUAGAAGCUUUGAACAAAACAGUGUUAUUUUCUAUACCAGACACAGAACUGUGUCGAUUUUAAAAAGACUGUAACAUCUGUUCCUAACUUUUAUAAAAUUUUCUUUUAAUGUUUAGUUUCUUGAAGCA